UCUGCCCUCCCCUUCCCUUCCCUUCCCUCCCCUUCUCUCGGCCGCUCCCCCGCAGCGCCGCCUCCUCUCGGCCGCCGGUACCCGGUGGCGCGGGCCCGCCGCCAUGUCCGCCGAGCAGGUGAGCAGCCUGUGCGAGCAGCUGGUGAAGGCCGUGACGGUGAUCAUGGACCCGGCCUCCACGCAACGCUACCGCCUGGAGGCGCUCAAGUUCUGUGAGGAGUUCAAGGAGAAGUGCCCUAUCUGCGUGCCCUGCGGGCUGAAGCUGGCUGAGAAGACGCAGACGGCCAUCGUCCGGCACUUCGGCCUGCAGAUCCUGGAGCACGUGGUCAAGUACCGCUGGAACAACAUGCCUCGUCUGGAGAAGGUUUACCUAAAGAAUAAUGUCAUGGGUCUCAUAUCCAGUGGAACUCAGAGCAUUCUAGAGGAGGAGAGUCACAUUAAGGAUGUUCUGUCUCGCAUUGUGGUGGAGAUGAUCAAGCGUGAAUGGCCUCAGCACUGGCCUGAUAUGCUGAAGGAGCUGGAUACUCUCUCCAAGCAAGGGGAAACUCAGACAGAACUGGUGAUGUUCAUCCUCCUACGUUUGGCAGAGGAUGUGGUGACUUUCCAAACCCUGCCAACCCAGCGGCGGCGAGAUAUCCAGCAAACCCUCACCCAGAAUAUGGAGAAGAUCUUCAGCUUCCUCCUAACUACCCUGCAGCAGAACGUCAACAAGUACAGGCGCAUGGUUGGAGCACCCCAGGAACAAGAAGCCCUCACCACUCCACAGAAGACUGAUCUGGCUCAGCAGCCAAAGGCCCAAGCAAACUGCCGUGUGGGGAUAGCAGCACUCAACACCCUGGCUGGCUACAUUGACUGGGUGGCCCUGAGCCACAUCACAGCAGACAACUGCAAGCUCUUGGAGAUGUUGUGUCUGCUCCUGAAUGAGCCUGAGCUCCAAAUAGGAGCAGCAGAGUGUCUCCUUAUUGCUGUCAGCAGAAAAGGGAAGCUGGAGGAUCGGAAACCUCUGAUGGUCUUGUUUGGAGACGUUGCCAUGCACUACAUUCUCUCUGCUGCCCAGACAGCAGAUGGUGAAGGCCUGGUGGAGAAGCACUAUGUUUUCUUGAAGAGACUUUGCCAAGUAUUGUGUGCACUGGGCAGCCAGCUGUGUGCAUUGCUAGGCUCAGAUUCUGAAGUGGAAACACCCACCAACUUUGGAAAGUACCUUGAUUCAUUUUUAGCCUUCACAACUCACCCCAGCCAGUUUCUGCGAUCUUCCACCCAGAUUACAUGGGGAGCCCUAUUUCGGCACGAGGUUCUUUCUCGCGACCCCUUGUUGCUGGCUAUGAUCCCCAAGUAUCUUCGUGCAUCUAUGACCAACCUCGUGAAGGUGGGCUUUCCCUCUAAAACAGACAGCCCCAGUUGUGAAUACUCUCGUUUUGAUUUCGACAGUGAUGAGGACUUCAAUGCCUUCUUCAACUCUUUCCGAGCCCAGCAAGGGGAAGUGAUGAGGAUGGCUUGUCGUCUGGACCCUCGAACUGGCUUCCAAAUGGCUGGGGAAUGGCUGAAGUACCAGCUCACAGCUCCUGUUGAUACUGGACCCAUGAACUCGAAGACAGGCGAAGGUCUCUGCUCCAUCUUCUCUCCAUCCUUUGUGCAGUGGGAUGCCAUGACCUUCUUCUCAGAGAGUGUCAUCAGCCAGAUGUUUCGGACCCUGGAUAAAGAGGAAAUCCCAGUGAAUGAUGGCAUAGAUCUACUGCAGCUUGUCCUUAAUUUUGAAACAAAGGAUCCUCUCAUCUUGUCCUGUGUGCUCACCAAUGUCUCUGCUCUAUUCCCAUUUGUCACUUACCGGCCGGAAUACCUCCCACAAGUACUUUCCAAGCUAUUUGCUUCAGUUACCUUUGAAGUUGUAGAAGAAAGUAAGUUUGUUGUGUCUGUCCAGGCUCCUAGAACUCGAGCAGUGAAAAAUGUGAGAAGGCAUGCAUGCUCCUCUAUCAUAAAGAUGUGUCGGGAUUACCCUCAGCUUGUCCUGCCCAACUUUGAGAUGUUGUACAACCAUGUGAAGCAACUGCUCUCCAAUGAGCUACUUCUGACACAGAUGGAGAAGUGUGCCCUUAUGGAGGCACUUGUCCUCAUCAGCAACCAGUUCAAGGACUAUGAGCGGCAGAAAGCUUUUCUGGAGGAGCUCAUGGCCCCUGUUGCUGGCUUAUGGCUCUCUGCAGAGAUGCAAAGAGUUCUCUCAGAUCCUGAAGCCUUCAUCUCCUAUGUGGGUGCAGACAACAAAAUUGCUGAUCCAGUCAUGGAAGAUCCUAGUGGCCUGAACCGCUCUAGGAUAAGCUUUUGUGUGUACACCAUUCUGGGAGUUGUGAAACGAGCUCGUUGGCCUGCAGCUAUGGAAGAGGCAAAAGCUGGAGGAUUCCUGGUUGGGUACUUGCCCAGUGGAAGUCCAAUCUUUCGCAAUCCCUGUACUGAGCAAGUCCUGAAGCUUUUUGACAACUUACUUGCUCUUAUAAGGACUCACAACAAUCUCUACAUGCCAGAAAUGGUGGCUAAGCUGGGGGAAACAUUUGCAAAAGCCCUAGACAUGCUGGAGGUAGAGAAGAACGCCAUCCUAGGUCUACCUCAGCCUCUACUGGAGCUUUAUGACUCUCCUGUUUACAAAACAGUCUUAGAAAGGAUGCAGGGUUUCUUUUGUACCCUCUACGAUAACUGUUUCCACAUACUGGGGAAUGCAGGCCCAUCCAUGCAGCAGGAUUUCUACACAGUUGAGGGUCUUGCCUCCCAGCUCAUCAGCUCAGCUUUCAUCAACCUGAACAACAUUCCCGAUUACAGAUUGCGCCCUAUGCUCCGUGUGUUUGUGAAGCCCAUGGUACUCUCCUGCCCUCCAGAAUACUACGAAACCCUUGUCUGCCCCAUGCUGGGACCACUCUUUACCUAUCUGCACAUGAGGUUGUCUCAGAAAUGGGAAGUGAUCAACCAGCGAAGCAUUCUCUGUGAGGAUGAUGCUGCAGAUGACAACCCUGAGUCUCAGGAGAUGCUUGAGGAGCAGCUGGUCAGGCUGCUGACCCGAGAAGUCAUGGAUCUCAUCACUGUUUGCUGUGUUGCUAAGAGAGGUGCUGAGCAUAACUCUUCUGUUGCUGUGGAUGGAGAUGAUGAUGAAGCAAUGGCCACGGAUGUGACUCCUCCUGCCAGCGCAGAGCUGACGGAGCUUGGAAAGUGUCUGAUGAAGCAGGAGGAUGUUUGCACUGCUUUGAUGAUCACUGCCUAUGCAUCCCUCUCCUGGAAAGACACCUUGUCCUGCCAAAGAACCACAACACAGCUUUGCUGGCCACUGCUCAAACAGGUGCUUCCAGGCAAUUUGCUGCCCGACGCCGUGUCCUGGUUUUUCACCAGUGUGCUGAAGGGCUUACAGAUCCACGGGCAGCACGAUGGCUGCAUGGCAGCUCUCGUCCAUCUGGCUUUCCAGAUCUACGAGGCCUUGCGUCCUCGCUAUGCUGAGCUGAAGGUGGUGAUGGAGCAGAUCCCAGACAUCCAGAGGGACUCGUUGGAGCAGUUUGAUUCAAAGCUUCUUAACCCAACGCUGCAGAAAGUGGCGGACAAGCGCCGGAAAGAUCAUUUCAAACGCCUCAUAACGGGUUGCAUUGGGAAGCCACUUGGGGAGCAGUUCCGCAAGGAGGUUCAUAUCCGGAACCUCCCAUCUCUCUUCAAAAAGGUGAAGCCAUCACUGGAGACAGAUGUGCUGGAGACAAAUGAGGAUGGAGAAGAUCUCACUGUGCUCUUUGAGCCCUGAGCCUGAGAUGCUGCAGCCAUCUCCUUCCCUACUCUUUGUAUUUCAUCUCUUCUCAUAGUAAGCACACUAGAUUCUCCUUGUUACCACCUCUCAGAGCAUUUGUCUCAAUAAAGCCCCUUACAGGUCCUGUC